CAGACGCCAAAAACGAAUAAUAUUGGCGGCCGAGGUGCGAGGGCGAUCGAUCCGCGAGAGACCCCAUGGCGAUCACAUCCGAUGAAGUCAACUUCCUUGUGUAUCGGUACCUGCAGGAGUCGGGGUUCUCGCAUGCCGCGUUCACGUUCGCUUACGAGAGUCAACUCGCGAAGAGCAGUGUGAUCUCGACGGAAGUACCCCCUGGCGCGUUGAUAUCGUUCAUUCAGAAAGGAUUGUUGUACGUGGGCAUCGAAGCACACGUGAACGAAGACGGGACCGAGCGAGAAUGCGAGGCUGAUAUCACGCUACUGAAUCCACACAUCUGCCGUGUUGCACAAUCCGUAUCACGGGGUACAUCCUCUGGGGGAAAGCCUGGGAAACGAAAGAGGAAAUCUGAAGAAGGUGGCAGUCUUGGACUGACGUCGAAUUCCCCCGACUCAGUCCACGAUCCUUCGUUGACGACGACAUCGAACGCUAUGGCCUCUGCCACGGCCAACCAAGCCUCCCCUUCGUUUCAAACAACUAACCCCACAACAGAUUCUGCUGAAGCACCAGACACAACGACGACUAUGAUCGUGCUACGCGGCCACGAGAAAGACGCGUAUAGCUGUUCGUGGAAACCACGGCAAAAUACCCUAGUGUCCGGCUCAAGUGAUGCCACAGCGCGGAUAUGGGACGUUCCUGCUGACUUUUCCACUCCUGCGACCGGUCUCGCACUCGUCCACGGGAAGGAUGGAGCGCAGUCAAAGGAUGUGACAACGUUGGAGUGGAAUGCAGAUGGAUCGGUGCUGGCCACGGGAUGUUAUGACGGCCACAUGCGUUUAUGGUCGGGAACGUCAGGUGCGCUGCUUCAAGACAUGCACCAUCACACUGGUCCCGUGUUUGCUGUCCGGUGGAAUCCGUCCAGCCGAAUUGUGUUGAGCGCGAGCCUGGACAGCACGGUGUCGCUGUGGGACGUGGCAUCAUCAUCCAAGUUGGCGCAAAUGACGCUGCACGACGGCGCGUCCAUCUUGGAUGCCGCGUGGAAGGACGAGUCGACGUUCGCCACGUGUUCAGCGGACACAACGAUCCGUCUCGCCAAAGUCGGGGACACGUCGCCAUUUGUGACGUGGAGGGGGCAUACCGACGAGAUCAAUGCGAUUCAAUGGAGCCCCUCAAGCACAGUGCUCGCGAGUUGCUCGGACGAUGCGUCGGUCAAGCUGUGGAAAGUGACGGACGCCGCAUGUGUGUUCGACUUCAGGGAUCACACCAAGGAAGUGUACACUGUGCGGUGGAGCCCCACCGGUCCAGGGACAGCCUUCCCCAAUCGAACGGCCGUGUUGGCCAGCGCUUCGUUCGACACGACCGUCAGGUUAUGGAACGUCGAGACUGGCAAGUGCACGUCGACGUUGCAGCACGACAACCCCGUGUACGCGAUUGCAUUCAGCCCUAAUGGAGAGUACGUCGCAAGUGGGUCGAUCAGCGGCGCCGUCCAAGUGUGGUCGAUGCAGACGGCCACGGUGGUCAAGACGUUCCAAGGCACAGGCGACAUCUUUGAAGUGAGCUGGAACCACGACGGCACGUUGAUCUCGGCGUGCUACUCAACAGGAGAGGUGGUCGUCAUCCACUUUCGGGUAUAGCUAGCAGCCUUCACAUUAAGCAGGAUUAGAGUUUAUAUCGAGAUCAUUCCUUGUCCCCGUG